UCAAGGUUCUAGAACCUUGUACCUUGAAUGCCACUAUAGGACUCAAGGGGAGCAUAUAUGCCUCCCAUACACAACUAAGUUAUACCUUCAGAAAACAACAGACUUGCUGGACAGACAGGCUUCUGCUGGGAUCUCCUGGAAGGUUGAAUACCCAGGGUCAGUGACAGAAGAGAGACCCAGAUCAACAAUCAUUUGGAAAGACAACAUGAUGCUCUCAAAUAAUCUACAAAAUAUCAUCCACAAUCCGAUGAUUCCAUAUGUUGGUACACAUUCUGAGGAGCUGGGGCCUGGGAAGUUGGUUGUCAUCCAUGGUCAUGUGCCCAAUGAUGCAGACAGGUUCCAGGUGGAUUUCCGUGGCAGCAGUGUGAAGCCCCGAGCUGAUGUAGCCUUCCACUUUAACCCAAGGUUCAAAAGGUCAGGCCACAUCGUAUGCAACACCCUGAUGAAGGAGAAAUGGGGAUGGGAAGAGAUCACCUAUGAGAUGCCUUUUGAAAAGGGAAAACCUUUUGAGAUCAAGAUUAUGGUACUGAAGGACAAGUUCCAGGUGGCUGUGAAUGGAAAGCAUCUAUUGAUCUACAAACACAGAAUUGAACCAGAGAAAAUAGAUACCCUGGGAAUUUAUGGCAAAGUACAGAUUGUGUCAAUUGGGUUUCACAGUAACUUGUCUUUACAAGGAGCCCAAGCAACUUCUCUGGGAAUGCUAAAGACAAAUUCAGGAAAUCAGAUGCAAACAUCUGAGGUGUCACAAUUUACACUUCCUUAUGUUGCAAGAUUGAACUCUGCACUGAGCCGUGGACGAACCAUUGUCAUCAGAGGAGAAGUGAAGAAAAAUCCAAAGGGAAGCUUUACUAUUGACCUAAUGGCAUCCAGUACAAAGGAUAUAGCACUGCAUUUGAACCCCCGGCUAAGUGCUAAAGCAUUUGUAAGAAAUUCUUUUCUCUGUGAGAGCUGGGGAGAAGAAGAAAGAAGCAUUACACACUUUCCAUUCAGCCCAGGGAUGUAUUUUGAGAUGAUCAUUUACUGUUCCACUAACGAAUACAAAGUUGCCAUAAAUGGAGUCCACAUCUUGGAAUACAAAUAUAGAUAUAAGGAGCUUGACAAGAUUGACACUCUGACGAUCAAUGGAGACAUUGAUUUAUUAGAUAUAAGGAGCUGGUAGUUGGUGCCACGAGAACAGAAUCAAAACAUGGUUUAUGUAGUAGGGGCCUCAACAUUGUAUAUGUAGACUUCCUCUCUGUUGUCCAUUUUCCUUAUUUUGUCAAGUUACUUUUCAUAAUAUAAAAACUGAAAAGGGUAUUUUGAAGAGUCAUCACUAAAACACAACUUAGACUGGAACAGGGAGAAGACAUCUGUGGCACAGGGGACCUUAUAGCCACUACUGGUGUUAUUCUGACUCACUCCCCACCACAGGUUCCUCUUUUCCCUCUUUCUUUUUCCCACUUGCCCACCUCCUCCCUCCUUUCUUCCCUUUUCUUUGGGCAUUGUUUAACUGUACUGGGGCAAUCAGGGUUAAAAAAAAGGAUUACUAAAUUCUAUUCUAAAGGAAUCCAAAACCCAGUCUAAGCUGGACUAUAUUUAUAGGAUCUGACUUAAAAGUUGCUAAUAAUGUGAUGCUCUAGUUUUGGCUUACCAUGAGGCAUAUAGAAUACACUUAACAGCCGACUGUACCAAAAAAAAAAAAAGAAGAAAGAGAAAGAAUAAAGCAUGACUUGUAGCUAAUUCCUUUGUCAUAAUACCCAUUUAGAUUGUACAGUAGCCUUAAACAAUUCAUCCAUUACAUAGACAAGUAUGCAUAAUGAAUCUCCUGAAGUGGUCAAUUUAUCUGAAUUCUUACAUAUAUUCAUUGGGCUAGAGCUGAUGACUAUAUUUUACAUAGUUAUAACUUUGAAGAGUAUGAGUUCAAAUGCAUGUGACCAUGUUAGGGGAUUCAUUAUUCAGACUAAUCAGGGACUAGCUGUGGUACUUUUAACUAUUCACUGCAGUAAAUGAGCCAAAUUAAAAAACAACAGCAACAACUAAUUGGUUUUGAAUCUGGAUUGCAGUUGUAUCUACAUGGUACAGAAAAAAAGAAAUAGGCUCGGGGUGGUUAUCUUGUGUAUGAGCAAAUGCUAAUUUCUGAAAGAUCUGCACUUUAAAGAUGUGAAUGAUCUUUCAUUCACUUUCUUUUUAAGUCUCUGUGGACCCUGUGCUAAAAUAACUUAGAGUACACACCCAGGAACUUAUAAUGACUCCAUAGUAAAAUUGCAAGUCUACGUGAAUUUUAUUUUUAAUAGUUUUAGGUGGGGUAAAAUGAGGGUGCCAUGUACUAUCAAGAUGAGUUUUCCUACAUCUUGAGCAUAUAUGCCAUCUUGAAUAUUGAUACAGUAGAUGUUAUUAGAAAAUACAAUACUGAAUUUUGAGAAAAGACAGCAUGGUAGAAAUGAUGGACUUGUUUGCAUGAGCUUUUCACCACUCAAAGUCUUACCCCAUCAUGUCAUUAAUAACUGAGAUCCGAACAUUACUCUACAUAAUGUGAUUAAGAUGAAACUUCCAUUAGUAAGUCAAAGUGCUUUACAUUUCUAUCUUCAGUACUGUCCCUGAAAGCUGGCUAACUGUGGAAAUUCAAUGUAACCAACUCACUAUAAGUCAAAUUAUGUAGCAAAUUUCAAGGAGGUACCCAGAUCAUUUUGUUCUAUUGAAUUUUGCUGAAAUGAACCAUCUACUGGGUCUUGGAAAUGUUUUCAUUAUGGUGAAAUUUUUAUAAUAAUAUAAUGUGAGAGCAGAUCUACAUUUAUAUUUUUAAAGAGAAUAUUUGACAUUUUCAUUUUGCAAAUACUUAGGGCAGAAACAGCUAGUCCAAAUGUUUGGGGUUUUUUUUUCCCUUUCAAUCUCUUUUUCUCUUUAAUGUAACUAUAAACUAUUUCUUCAGUAUUAAUAUUUAUUUGAUGAAAUGCUUUGGUGCAGAGACACCAGUGAAAUGGCACUUUCAAGGGUUUUCAGGUCCCCCUGUUGACCUUUCUGGGCAAAGUAGCAAAAGCUCAACUUUCCCCUCAAACUUUUCCCUCACUAAAUAAGGGCUAAGGUUCUAUAGAAACAAUUGGCUGGUAGUAAUAAUACAAGAGAUCUAGUUAUAUUGAAUGUUAGUAGCAAAGAUCACCUAUAUGGAGCAACUAGAUAAUUCUCAGUUCAGAGGUUAUGGAGAUGGAAUAGUUUUUAUAGUGUGCAUUAUAAAAUCCUCAAUAAUUCCUAUAGGAAAUUUGUGUGUAUACAUAUAUAUGUACAUGUAUGUACUCACACAUAUAUACAUAUAUUAUAUAUAUAUAUAUUAAUUAAUGAUCUUGAAAAAUCUGUAAGCAGCGAGCUGUAGCUGAAGCUUGAAAAUGAACCUUUCAUUUCCUUUGUUAAAAGAUUGUAACUAACAAUGAUUUAAUGAAAUGCAAACCAUAAGUCCUUUAAUGCUAUGGGUAAGUUAGAUUUUAUAUAAAAUAUCUAUAUUCCAUAUAAUUCUUAAGAUAGCUUCUUGAAAGAAAAUAUUACCAUGGCUAACAUGUUUAAUUCGUAUAAGGUCUAUCACUUCUAGGUCAUAUUAGAAUAUCAGAGUCCUAGAAAACCACUGAAAUUGAUUUUCUCUCUCAUAGGCAAUUCUUGAUCAUCAAUCUAUGGAACUCUCUGGCAAAUUUGUAAUCCCAACUUGGCUUCCUCAUGGACCUUAACAUGUUUCUUAAUCACUUUUUUCAAUGUGUGCUCAACACAUUUUCAUUCACCUCAAUAAAAUAAGAUUGGGGUGCCAGAAUGCUAAAAAAACCCCAAAAACAAAAAACUCCACAGCCAAAUGGAAGAAAUUGUUGGCCUUUCUGUUGUUGUUUUUGUUGUUGUUGUUGUAUGCCACACUUCCCUUCUACUGGCACAGAUAACUGAAAGUUGACUGUAAAAUUUCAAAAUAACAAAUAAGUAUUAUCUUAAUAAAUGCUUGUUUCAUUUUUUCAUUUCAA